GCACGCUGCCCGGCUUCGCAGCGGGGUCAGACUCGGGGCCGUGCUUUCAGCGUGCACCGCCUGGCGCCAGCUGUGUGCCGCGGAGGUGGCGGGCGGGGAAUGGGUUGGGCUCACUGAAGCCGUCUCCCGAAACGAACCCUGGUGUGCAGACGCGCUCCCAUCCCUCGAAAGCUCUGCCUUACCUAAUUCACCAUCGUCUCUCGGGGUCGUGGCUGGGGGACAGUCCUGGCCCUCCUGAGGAUUUCAAUCCAGGGAAAAGCCGCGAAGUAGAUGAUCACAGAAAUCGACUUAUUAUCCUAUCCACCAUGACCAGGCGCCCACGGAGCAGCAGAGCGUGGCAUUUUGUCUUGAGUGCAGCCCGUCGAGACGCGGAUGCCCGGGCCGUGGCUCUGGCAGGGACCCCCAACUGGGGCUACGACUCUGAUGGGCAGCACAGCGACUCAGAUUCCGACCCCGAGUGUCCGAACGCGCCACCCUCCAUCCCCAGCGCGGUGCCCGUGACCGGGGAGUCCUUCUGUGACUGUGAUAGUCAGAGCGAGGCCUUCUGCGGCAGCCUGCACACCGCCCACCGGGGCAGGGACUGCCGCUGCGGGGAGGAGGACGAGGAUUUCGACUGGGUCUGGGAUGACCUGAACAAGUCCUCAGCCACCCUGCUGAGCUGCGACAACCGCAAGGUCAGCUUCCACACGGAGUACAGCUGUGGCACGGCAGCCAUCCGCGGCACCAAGGAGCUGGCCGAGGGCCAGCACUUCUGGGAGAUCAAGAUGACCUCGCCCGUCUACGGCACCGACAUGAUGGUGGGCAUCGGGACAUCGGAUGUGGACCUGGACAAGUACCAUCACACGUUCUGCAGCCUGCUCGGCAGGGACGAGGACAGCUGGGGCCUCUCCUACACGGGGCUCCUCCACCAUAAGGGCGACAAGACCAGCUUCUCCUCGCGGUUCGGCCAGGGCUCCAUCAUCGGCGUCCACCUGGACACCUGGCACGGCACACUAACCUUCUUCAAGAACAGGAAGUGCAUAGGAGUGGCAGCCACGCAGCUGCAGAACAAGAGGUUCUACCCGAUGGUGUGUUCCACGGCGGCCAAGAGCAGCAUGAAAGUGAUCCGCUCCUGCGCCACCAUCACCUCCCUGCAGUACCUGUGCUGCUACCGCCUGCGCCAGCUGCGGCCCGACUCCGGGGACACGCUCGAGGGCCUGCCCCUGCCACCCGGCCUCAAGCAGGUGCUGCACCACAAGCUGGGCUGGGUCCUGAGCAUGAGCUGCACCCACCACAAGCCCCCUGCACCUGCGCCCUCGCCGGCAGCUAGUCCCAGCAGCCCUGAGAGCCGGCGCUGCCAGAGGAAGCGCUGCCGAAGGACCUAGCUUGUUCCACCAAAACGGCCUUCUGGGCCCGGGGCAGCGGCGACGCUGCCCACCCUUUGGACCACCCUCCAGGGCCACGGGAGAGGGAAGCCUGGGCUGAGGUGGUCUCGGCUGCCCCCUGCCGCCCAAGGCUGGACAGGCCUUGUUCUGGAGGCUCUGGGGCCUCUGGGGCCUCGCCCUGUGAUCCUGAGACCAGGACCGCCCAGGUCUGCGUGCUGCCUGUGCCCCAUGAGCGGCCACGGCCCCAGAACAGCUGGACGCAGGCUGCAGGCCCAGGAGGCUGUGGUCUGCUGCCUGCAAGGAUGGCCUCUUCCUGCCGUCUCUGGCCUCGGGUUCUCAACUCCCCUUUUGCAUGUGGUCAGCUGCCAUCGGUCCCGUCUGAGGCCGAAGCGACUCUGUAAUAAAGGUAGCCUUGACGUCUGA